AUGCUCUCGCAGAACACCAUCGCCCUCCUCGGCCUCGCGUCGACGGCCGCCGCGGCGCUCAACCCGCGCGGCGUCAGGAGCCUGCGGGACCUGCGCGCGGAACCGUACGUGGUCGAGGUGCGGCAGGCGGAGGACAGCCCGCUGUCGCUGCUGGCGGGGCAGGGCGAGUGCGUGAGCUCGUACUUCUCGCUGGCGACGAGCGUGCCGCAGCCGCCCGACGACCUGCUCUCGUUCCUGGAGGCGGAGGCGUACACGAUCGAGCCGACCGACACGGCGGCGCUGUGCGCGCUGACCAGCGCGCUGCCGGCGUCGCUGAGCUCCGCCGUCAGCUCCUACGAGCGGGCCGGCAGCAGCUGGCUCAGCCAGCACAGCAGCGAGGUCUUCGACCUCGCCAGCCGCUGCGCCGACGACCAGGCCGCCUCCUCCAUCAGCGACGCCUUCGACCUCGCCCUCCAGACCCUCGACCCCUGCGGCAGCAGCACCCCCGCCACGCCCACCGGUGCCGCCGAGAACAACAACAACGACGCCGCCCCGGCUAACUCCGUCUCCACCGGCGGCGUCGCCCACCCCACUGGUGUCAUCGCCGGCGCCAUGGCUGCUGCCGGCCUCCUCGGCGCCGCCAUCAUGCUUGGCUACGACCUCAUAAAGCUCAUCUGA